AUGAAUGGAGAAAAAAAUGAAAUAAUUGUAGAGAGUAAAAAUUUAUUAGAUGAGAAAAUAAAAAAGAAUAAAUUAAUUUUUAAACGUAAAAAAAGAAAAAUAAAUUACAAAAUGGGAUCACAAGAGAAAAAAAAAAAAAAUUUUAAAAAUAAGUUAAAGAGGAUAAAAAAUAAAAAAAAGAAAAAGUUAAAAAAUCAAAAUCUUGCUAUGGAAAAUCGUAAUUUAAUAAACUAUCUUUAUUUAAACUCAAAUAAAAAUAUAAACAAUAACGAAGAAGAUUCAAAAAGUCCAAGUAUAACUUAUGAUGAAAAAAAUAUAUCAAAAUCAUUUGUUACACAAGAACAAUUUAAUCAACAAGAAAUAGUUAAUAAUGAAAAGGUUACUAAUAAAAACUCAAUGAUCAAAGUAAACGAUAAUUUGAUACAAGAAAAUUCUAAUGAAAAUAAAGAAUGUAAUGCUUCAAUAGAAAACACAUUAUGUAAUAAAAAUAAUAAAAACAAUGUACAUACAGAAAUACAAAAAGUUACUGAUUUAAUCUGUAAAAAUGACUCUGAAGCCUUAAAUACAACUGAGAAAAAUGGAAAUUCUUUUCUUAAAAUGAAUGAAGAAGAUAUAAAUAAAAGCAUACAAGAAAAAAAGAAAAAUUGCAAAAGUAAUUUUAAUUUAUUAAAACUAGAAAAGGAAAAAGAUCAAAAAACAAACAUAUCUGAAGAAAAAAAUGGGGAAAAUGAUAAAAAUUUAUCACUAAAAUAUAAUUAUACAAAUGGAAAGAAAACAAAUAUCAACAAUAGAAAUAAUGAUAAUUUUAAAAAAGAAGAAAUAGGUGAAUGCUUCACUAAUAAAUCUUUUUUAAAGAAAAAAGAAAGCUUUUUUGAUAUCAUGGAAGAUUUAAGAAGUAAAUCAGAUAAUAAUGAAGAAAAAAUAGAAUCUUUUUUUAAAAGUGACCAUAAGGAUAAUGAUAAUAGUAAGUCAAGUUUUGAUGAAAAUGAAAAAAAAAAAUUAAAAGAAAUAAUGCAAAACGUACCUUUAGAUAAAAUAGUUAGUGUUCUAGAAAAAAUAUCAAAAGAAGAAUGCAUACAUAUCUUGAAUAGCAUAGAUGAGGAAAAAAUCACUUUAAUUAUAGAAAAAUUAUCUAUUGAUCGUUUUAAAGAGCUGGUAAAUUUUAUAAAGGAAGAAAAAAAAAGGCGUUUUAUUAUAGAAUACUUAAACGAAGAGAAAUUAGUUAAUUUGUUUUCUCCUUUUAAAAAUUACAAGGAAAUAACAAAAUAUUUUAACUUUUUAUCAAUAGAAAAAAUUGAUAAUAUAAUAAAGUUGCUGGAUCUAGAUAAUUAUAAAAAUUUUAUUUUAUUAUUAGAUCAAGAUAAAAUAGUAGAAGUUAUAAAUCAUGUUUCUAUUAAUAAUUCUUUAGGAAUUUUAUUAAAUUUACCCCAGAAUAAAUUAUUAUAUAUACUUGAUCAAAUAAAAGAAGAAAUUGUUAUAAAGCUAAUAAACGCUAUUCCAUCCUGCAGGUUUUAUUAUAUAAUAGAAUGCUUACCAAUAGAAAAAAUUAGCUCUUUAUCUAAUAAAAUUUCUUAUGAAAAAUUAUAUAUUCUUCAUAAUUCUCUAUCUCUUAAAAAUAUGCAUUUAAUUACUAAUAAUUUAUCCAUAACUACAAUCAAUAGACUUAUAAAUGAAUUACCUUUAUAUAAAUCAAUUAAAAUUCUUAAAAGUUUGCCACCUAAAAAAAUUGCUGAUUCUAUCAAUCUAAAUUGUUCGUUCAAUUUUGUUGAAAUAUAUAAAUCCUUUAAUUCAGAUGAAAUAAUUGAGAUAAUGAAAUAUUUAAAUGAUAAAAAUAUGGAGAUAUUGUUAAACGAAUGUGAACCAACAAAAAUUAUCCACUACAUUAAUUAUGUAUCAGUAAAUAAAUUUAUAUCAAUUGUUGAAAGACUACCGAUAAAUUUUCUAAUAAAAAUUAUGAAUGAGAUAUCUAUUAAAAAACUCACGGAAAUUUUUAUACUACUUCCUGAAAAUAAAAUUUUGUCUAGCUUAAAUAAUUUAUCGUUAAAAAAUACAACUUAUGUUUUAGAAAAGUUACCAACAAAAAAAUUAAUAAGCAUUUUAAUGAAAGAAGACAAAAAAGAUAAAAUAUGGAAAGAAAGACAGAAGAUGUUAAUCAACUUAUUAAAUGAAAAUAAUAUAAUUCUUAUUUUAAAUGAAUUAAAUGAUAAAGAAUAUAAUGUAUUUUGUAAACAUUUAUCUACAAAUAAAAUAGAAAAUAUCAUUAAUAUUUAUAAUGAUUAUAAAAAAGCUUCAAUUUUAAUUUUGAAUUUGCCUAUUAAUAAAAUAAUAGAAAAUCUUCAAAGACUAGAUGAUGAAAAGUCAAAUAAUAUAAUGAAAUAUUUACCAAAUUAUAUCAAUGAUAAAAUUAAAUCAUGUUUGUCUGAGAACGAAAUUAGCAAAAUACAACAUAUAUUUAUUGUAUGUACCUUAUUAAGGCUAAAAGAAAUUUUGGAUAACCCUAAUAUAAUAAAAAAUGAAAAAAAUAAUUUUUAUAAUUUUAUAAUAAAAAGAAAAAUAUAUCAAAUAAUUAAUAGUAUAAAUAUGAAAAAUUAUCAAAAAUUCUUAAACCAUAUUUCUUGCACAAAAAUUAUAGAAAUGGAAAAUGUCAUUGAUAAUAUAAUGAGUAAAAAUUUCUAUAAUGAAAAUAAUAUAACAGAUUAUAUUUUUAUUUUUUUUAACUUAGAUCACAACAUAUAUUAUAGGGCAUCUGUAAAUACUAAAUUGUUUCUUCAAGAAUAUAAUGAAAAGGAUUAUUUUUUUAAAAUAGAUACCUUUUGUAAUAGUAGUUGCAACAGAAAUAACAAGUACAAUUACUUUAAAAUCACAAAAGAAGAUAGUUUUAAUUAUAAUACUAUAAGAGAAGUUAACACUUCAUUAAAAAAAUUUAUAUUAUCUCAUAAGGAAAAAAAGAAAAUUACUACUAAAAAGGAUUUAAGAAAAUCUAUAAAUAUAAAAAUGAGAAAUCAUUUAUAUGUAUUUUUAAUUCAUUUAAUUUCUUUAAUAAAGAAACAUAUUGAAAAAACUGUCUUAUUAAAUAGGAAAAACUACUUAUGCAAUAAGGGAAAAGAAAAUAUGGAGAAAAAGAUACUGAAUGAAUCUAAUAAAAACUUUUCAAAAAAAAAUAAAUUAGUAGAAUAUAAUCAAAACAUCAAUAAUAAUUACAAUAAUGAUAUAGAUGUUAAUAAUGAUACUCCAAGCUUAAAAAGUGUGGUACACUAUGAAAAUGUGUAUAAUAAAUUAAUUUUUAAUGAAGUAAAAAAGAUAAUGAAAAAUAUUUUUGGAAUUGUCAAAAAAAUAAGUAGUAUGGAAAACUCAUCAUUCAUUAUAAAAAAUAUAUCAAUUAAAAAUAUUAUUAGUGGUAAUAUAACUCAUUACAAAAAUGAACCAAAUGAAAAUGAAAAUGAAAAUUAUAAUAAGAAACAUAAGGAAAAUAAAUUACUACCUUUAUAUGAAAAUUGCGAUAAUAAUCUUGAGGAAAUAAAAAACAAAGAUAUUUGUAAUUUUAAAGAUAAUCUUUUACAUGAAAAACAGUGUAUCGUUAGUAGUAAAUCAUUUGAAUGUUUUGAAAAAAAAGAAAUUUUAAAAAAAAAAAAAAAAAGUAAAAAAAUAAUAGUCAAAGAACUGAAUAAAGUGAAUACUUCAAAUGAUGAAGCAAAAGAAUAUAGAACAAGAGAACAUAAAAUAAGCGAAAUAGAAGAAAUACAAGAUAAGAAAAAAGAUACUAAAAGACAAAAAAUAGAAAAAAUAUAUGACGAUGGAAUAGAUUUUUAUAUUUUAGACAAUAAUUUAUUAUUGCACAAUAAUAAAGAGCAAUUAAAAUAUUUAAACAAUGCAUUAAAAAAUGUUGCUUGUAGAGAUAUUGCUUUCUUAAAAAAAUAUAACUUAGAGGAAUACAUAAAUAGUGAAAAAAAUAAAACUAAAAAAGAAACAAGUUCUUGUAAUCAAAAAAUAAUUACAACAAAUGUUUACAAUAAGAAUAGAAAUAAAUCUAGUAUGAGUGAAAAUUUAGAUAAAAUGUCUUGUAAAAAAAAGAAAUUAUAUGAAAAGUCUUCUCAUAAAGUAGCUUCUAAAUGUUAUAACAUUCCCCCUAAUAUAAGUAAUUCAGAUUAUUUAAUGGUUGAAGAUGAUGCUUAUCUUAAUAAUAAAAAAAAUUUAGAAAACAAAAAACAGAAAUUUUCAACUAAUAAAAAUAUAAUAAAUACAUUCAAUUCUAUAAAGGAAAAAAGAAAUAUUUUUUGUUUAAAAUUCUUAUUUGUAUUAAAUGGUGUUCAUUUAGAGCAAUGUAGCAAUAUUACAUUAUGUUUAAAUUUUUUUUUUUUAAAAAAAAAAAUAUUUUUUAAUAAAUAUAAGCACCAAAUAUUAAGCAGCUCAUUAAAUAUACAUAUUAAUAAAAAUGGAUAUGAAAAAUUUAUCAAUAUUUCUCCUAAUCACAAUGAUGCUUUUUAUUAUAUUAAUUCCAAUAUUGUUUCAUUAAGUAUUGAAGAUAAUGAUACAAUUAAAAACUUUGAUUCAGUGGCAACUAAAGAUUUCUUUACUAGAACAUUUUUAAAAAAAAAAAGUUCCUUAAAUUAUGAGAAUAUCAAUAUAAUUAACAAAAAUUCUACUGGUUUCAAUUAUUCUAGUCGAGUUAAUUCAACUAACUUAAAUGAUAAUAACACCAAAUUAAAUAAAGUAAUUCAUAAUGAUUUAAACUCUAAUUUUAUUUUAUUAUGGAAUUCUAAAGAAAUUGGUUAUAUUAUACUAGAUUCAUACAAUUCUUUAUAUGUAAAUAUAAAAGAUUCUUCUAGCCUUUUUUUUAUAAAUAUACAUAGAAUUAAUUAUAACUUAAGUAGAACUAUACCUUUGAAAGAAGGUAGUUUAUUUUUUUUUAAAGACAGUAAAGAAAAAAUAAGCUUUAGAAAAAUAAAAACCAUGUUUUUACGUAUGCUAGAUAAAAAAAACUCUAAUUUUAUUACAAAAAAUACAUUAAAGGAAAAUGAAAGAGGAGUAGAACAUCAAAAUAAUCAUAUAGGAGAUAAAUCUAUUUUAAAUGAAAAUAAAAAUUAUUUAAAUAAAUGUAAAAUUGAUGCAAGUAUAGAUAAUCUAAAAAAAGAAAAACUAGAAUUUGAAAACAAUUUAAAAUGUGAAGAAAAAAAUACAUGUGAAAAUGAAACGUAUUUUGGUGACGAAAAUACAUAUUUUAAUGAUAACAAUGGUGAAUUAAAUGAAAUUCAAAAUUAUCCAUAUGAAGAGAAUAACAUAAAAAAAGAAAUGAACCAAGAAAAUGUAAUGAAUAAAAAAAAAGACUACCAUAAUAUUAUUAAAAAUGUAGAAAAAUUUGAAAACAUUAAUAAAAAAAUUUUUGAAGAAUAUAAUAAUAAAGAAGUAAAUCAUAUUGAAUAUGAUAUUAGUGAUAACAAAUUAUGCUUAAAAAAUAAAAAAUGUUUGGUUGUUAGUAAUUUUAACAGUAUACUUAAAGAAGAGAAUAAAAUGUUAUUAGAAAAAGAAAAAUUAAUUAAUAAUCAAAUAAUAAAAGAUAAUAAUUCAAAUAUGAAAUCUCUUAGUUCAUUAAAUGAAAGUAAGAAAGAAAAAAUAGAAGAUACAAAAAAUAAUUACCUUAAUAAAAAUACUGAAGAAGAAUUAAGUAAAGUUACAAAUUUAAGCAUUCGUCAUAAUAAUUUUUCUGAUAAUCUUAGCUACACUGAUGAUGAAUUUAAUAUAAUACUAUAUUUAGAAAAACGAAAAAAAAAAAGCGACGAAAAGACGUUAAAAAAAAAAAAAAAUAGAAAAAAUUUUACUUCAUAUAAUUUUAAUGAUAGCAAAAUUUUAAAGUUAAAAUUGUUAUCUCUUAUUGAAAAUUCUUUAUGUGAUUAUAGUGUUAUAGUAAAUGAUAUUAUAAAUGAAAAAAAUAGUAUAGAAAAAAAAAAGGGAUAUGAUUAUUAUUCAACAAAAAACUUAGGAACUUACAAUUUUUUAAGAGGCAAUUUAUCUUUUAAUAAUUCUUGUGAGAAUUAUGAAAAAUCUUCUAAUUUAUUUUUGAUUAAAAAUAAAUAUGAAGAAAAAUUAGCGAUAAAGGAUACAGAGAAAAAUUCUAAUAAGCAAAUUUUAAUAAAUCAAAUAAACGACAAUGCUUCUUUGAAUAAUGAUAAGAAAAUUCAAGUUAUUGAUGAAAAAAAAAAUAACCGAAGACAAAAUAAAAAUAAAAUUCAAUUAAUUUGUAAUAAUAAUAAUAAUAAUAAAAAUAAUAAUAAUGAUGGAUUAACAAAAAAUUUUAAUAAAAGAGAGAAAAUAUUUCCCUUUAGGGAUGAUUUAAUAGAUUUAGAAGACCUUCCUAUGUGUGAAAAUUCCAUUAGUGUAGAAAGUUUAAAAAGCAGUGAUAAUUUUAAUGAGGCAAAAGAAAAAAUAUCAGAAUUAAAAAAUGAAACAUUGUAUGAUUCUGUAAAUGAUUCAGAGUAUAAAUCAAUAAACAAUACUACCAAUUAUUUCACAGAUAAAUCAGUUAAAAGUUCAUUAAAUAAGUCAGCUAUAAAUAUAAAAAACAAAACAUUAAACACAGCAAAUAUUAUACAAGACACCCAAGAGAAAAUGAAAAACAUAAAUAAAUCAGAAAAAAUGUUAAAUGUGUCAAAUAAUCACAUAAAUAAAUCAUUAAAUGAUUAUAGAAUUGAAUCCUUUACAAAAUUAUUUUGUGAAUCAGAUAAAUCUAUUUAUGACUCUAUUAAUGAUUCUAUAAGUAGCAAUAUUAUGAACAAAAAAAAAAAAAGUAAUAUAAUAAAAAAGAAAAUAAGUAAUUUAUUUAAAGACAAAAAUUCGAACAAUUCAGAUAUAAAAUCGCAUAAAAUGGAAGAUUUAAAUUUUAAUAAUAAAUAUAAAGAAAAUGAAACAAAUCCAUUAUUCUUUAAGGAUACUAAAAAAAAAUAUAUAUCGAAUGAGCAGAAGAUAGAUGUUUUUUCAUUCAUGAAAUCUAACGAAGAUUUAGAUGAAAAUAAAAUGUUCAACUUAAAUGAGAAAUUUAUGAAACAUAAUAACGAGGAAAUAAAUUUUAUUAAAAAAAAAGAAAAUUGCUUAAGUAAUUUUCCAAACUCUACUACAAAAAAUUUAUUAAAUAAUGAAGAUGCUGUAAAAGAAAGUAUUGGAUUUUUAAAUUUGCAUUGUUUAUUUGAAAGUAAACCAGAAAAUUUUUAUUUAAUUAGUGAAGGAUGUGCUAAAGCUAGUAAUUAUGUUAGUGAUAAAAUGCUUGUUCAUACUAAAUUGUAUAAAGAAAUUUUUCAUAUAAAAAGUGAUGACAUGCUUCCAGAAAAAUCAUCUCUUGAAAUUUCUAAAUAUUCUAAUAAAAGUGAAAUUCUCUGUCUACAUAAAAAAAAAAAAAUUUUAUGUAACAUUUGUGGAGAUUUCCUGAAAAGAAAUUUAUUAAAUGAUCUUUUCUUUUUUAAAAUAUCUAUAAUUGAUAAAAAAGUAUUUUUUUUAAAGCAUUUAACUAUUAAUAUAUCUUAUGAAAGUCCAUUGAUUAAAGUACAUUUUACUGAAAAAGAUUAUAUUAGAUAUUCCUUAGAAAAAAAUUCUAACGAAUAUAAAUUAAAAAUUAUAGCUAUAAGCAGAAAAAAAUUGCACAAAAAAUUCUCUUUAUCAAAAUCUAAAUUUUUGAGAAAAUGCUUAGAAAUUGAAUUAACAAACAAUUUAGAAAAAAUAAAAAAAUUAAAUCAAAGUUAUAUACCUAAUGAUUUUGAACAAUCUACAAUAGAAACAAAUUUUAAAAAUAAUAAGGAACAUAUAAUAACAAAGGAAAAUUUAUCUUAUGAACAAAUGGAAAAUGAUUCAAAAUUCUUUUCAAAUUUAAAUCAAGAGAAUGGGUUUGGUUGUUAUAUAUGUAAUUCUUAUGUGGCUGUUCUUAAUUUUAGCAUUCUUGAUGACAAAAAUAAAAAAAAAUAUGACGUGGAGAAAUUUAUUGUCCCUUCAAUUUUAUUGUGUACAAAUGGCUAA